AUGUCGUUGAUUUCCAACAGGAAGAGACCAAGAGGGUUUAGUGAGACCUUUGAUUCCUCCCGUAAAGCUGCUGCUUCGGAAGGUGUCCCCAACGCCUCCACGGCUCAACAGAAUAAGGUUUUUGAUAACAUGUCGCCUCUGUCGGUGUCGACAUUUAACGAGUCUCCAAACCUCAACCUUAACAUCACAUUGAACAACUCCGAUACCACCAAUAAUCACAGUUACGAUAAAGCGCCUAACGGCAACGUCUUGGUGGAAGAAAACGAGGAUGAUUUAUAUGGCGAAGACGAUGAUGCUUUCGACUUAAAUGACGAGGUUGUGUUUCUUGAAGAGCGGAAAAUCCAGCCUUCUUUUGCCCAGCGCCGUCAGCAUCGGAAUAAUUCUGAUUCCAUGCUUCUAUUGGACCAGGAUGUCCGUGAUGCUUACAAUAUGUUUAAUGUGAACAAUAUUAAUGGUAAUGAGGUGCCUAACGAUGGCAGGCAAUUCGAGAUACCCCAGCAUGCCAACCCAGGCGUCAAAAAGCAAAGAACAAACUCAUUGCCGCAACUACCUCAAGCAAAGUGCUUCUACCAAAAAUUACCCAGCAACUACAUCCUUCAGCAUCCUAAGGUAGGCAAUGUGAAGACCCACAUUAUUCCUCACAAGCUUAACCUACCUCCUUGUGAUGACGAAGAUGGCCAUUAUAUUGUUAGAGAAAACGAUGUGUUUGCUAAUCGUUUUAUCAUACAAAAACUUGUUGGACAGGGUACAUUUGGUAAGGUUGUUGCCUGCUACGAUAAGGUCAACCGUGACACUGUUGCUAUCAAGAUUAUUAGAAACAUCCCCAAGUACAGAGACGCCGCUAAGAUUGAGUUGCGUAUCCUCACCACGUUGAAGAAGUUCGACAAUGACAACAAGAACCAUUGCAUCCACCUACGGGAAUGUUUCGACUACCGUGGUCAUAUUUGCAUUGUGACAGAUUUGUUAAAGAUCUCACUUUACGACUUUUUGGAGAACAACAAGUUUAAACCAUACCCUGGCUCGCAUAUUCAAGCCAUCUCCAAGCAACUCAUCCGGUCAGUGACUUUCUUCCACGACCUCAACCUAAUCCACACUGAUCUCAAACCCGAGAACAUUCUAUUGCAUGAUGACUCUUACCUGCGCAAACAACUCAAGAGCUCCACUAUCAUAUCCAGUUACUUCAAUCUCAAUUCUGGUAGCGACAAGCGUCGCUUAGACAAGCCACCCAAGUUCCUGAGGAUACUUAACAAUCCACUUAUUCAGAUUAUUGACUUUGGAUCGGCCAUCUUUGACGACGAAUACCAUUCAUCUAUAGUGUCUACGCGACACUACCGUGCUCCAGAGAUUGUUCUAGGAGUCGGGUGGUCGUUUCCAUGUGAUGUAUGGUCAGUGGGUUGCAUUUUGGUUGAGUUGGUGAUUGGAGAGCCAGUGUUCCGGACUCAUGACAAUCUAGAACAUUUGGCCAUGAUUGAGAAGAUUUGCGGUACAAAGAUAAGUAAAGAGAUGGUGAGGUAUUCGAAACAGAAGGAGAAUGAGUGUGGGUUAAAGUUUUUCACCAACGACUACCGCCGUCUGUAUGGCGAGCAUUUCAGUGACGAUGACGACGAUGAUGUUAUCAUUGACGAUGAAUCAACGGAAGAUAACUCGCUCUCGUUGAUUUUCCCCACGCCAAGCACGCCGGAGAAGUUUAUCAAGAAUGUGAAUCUGCUACUGCGGAUUGACUUGUUCAUCAGCGAACGGAUCGGGUUGAACAUCAACUUUGACUACUCGUUGAGCGAGAACUACCAGAACAACUGGCACUUGAUCAACUUUGGCAACUUUACGUUUUGGUGGUUUUUCAUUGACUUGUUGCGGAAGAUCUUUGUGAUUGAUCCGAACGAGCGAAUUACAGCGCUCGAGGCGCUUGAACAUCCGUGGUUCAACUUGGGAAUCGAGGAUGAGGGUACUAUUUAA